AUGGCUCGCAUUUGGUUCGUCACCGGCUCAUCCAAGGGCCUCGGCCUUGCCAUUGUCGAAGCCGUCCUCGCUGAUGGCGACAACGUCGUUGCCACUGCCCGAAACCCCGACACGGUGAAGCACCUUGUCGAGAAGUAUGGAUCGGACCGCAUCUUGCCUCUGGCGCUCGACGUUGUCAACAACGACCAAGUCGAGAGCACCGUCAAGGCUGCAGUCGAGAAAUUUGGCCGCAUCGACGUUGUUGUCAACAAUGCCGGCUAUGCGGUUCCAAGAGCACUUGAAGACACGUCCAUUGACAUUUACCGAGAACAAAUCGACGCCAAUCUUCUCGGCACCGUCUAUGUCACCAAAGCGGUGAUUCCCAUCUUGCGCAAGCAAAAGUCCGGCCGCAUUCUGCAAGUCUCCUCCGUCGGCGGCCGGCUCUCAACGCCUGGCUUAUCGGCCUACCAGGCCGCCAAGUGGGCUGUUGGUGGCUUUACGUCGGUUGUGGCUAAAGAAGUUGCACCGUUCGGCAUCAAGCUGACGGUGCUGGAGCCUGGCGGCAUGAAGACUGAUUGGGCUGGCUUUGCAGACGAGGAAAUUACCAUCAGCGAGCCGUAUCAAGAAACCGUCGGAGCAUUCAUGAAGAUACGGGAACAGUACAAGAAUCAUCGGUCUGAGCCGGCCAAGGUGGCCGAUGUGAUUGUCAAGAUUUCCAAGGAAGAGGAGCCUCCGCUGCGACUUCUGCUGGGCCCUGAGACUGUGGAUUUGGUGAAGCAGGCCGCAGAGCAGCUUGCAGCGUCGGACGAGAAGUGGAAAGCGGCAACACUGUUGUCUAUCUGA